AUGCAGUCAGGCUUCUGGUGGGCGUCCGCGUCGGCGUUCCACUUUGGCGGCCAGAUGACCUACACCUCAGAUCUUCACUUCCCUCUUGCACUUGGAUCAGUUCAUGCCCCCCAGCUCAUGCAGGCGACUUCGGGCAUCAAGUACAAGAACUGCAACAACAUCUGGCGCUUCUUGACCAAUCCAGAUCUUCACACCUACAAAGGCGGCGAGACUGACCAUGACCAGUUCCGCAUGGGCCAAUGA